CCCGCGGCCCAGGGAUCCCCAGAGAUGAAGUUUGGCUGCCUCUCCUUCAGGCAGCCUUAUGCUGGCUUUGUCUUAAACGGAGUCAAGACCGUGGAGACGCGCUGGCGGCCCCUGCUGAGCAGCCACCGCAACUGCACCGUCGCCAUCCACAUAGCUCACAGGGACUGGGAGGACGACACCUGGCGGGAGCUGCUGGUGGACAGGCUGGGGAUGACUCCCGCCCAGGUGCAGGCCCUGCUUCGGGAAGGGGAGAAGUUUGGCCGGGGAGUGAUAGCUGGGCUCGUUGACAUUGGGGAAACUUUACAGUGCCCUGAAAACUUGAGUCCCGACGAGGUUGUGGACCUGGAGAAUCAAGCCGUGCUGAGCGACCUGAAGCAGAAGUACCUGACCGCGAUUUCCAACCCCAGGUGGUUACUGGAGCCCAUACCUAGGAAAGGAGGAAAGGACGUAUUCCAGGUAGACAUCCCAGAGCACCUGAUCCCUUUGGGGCGUGAGGUGUAACGAGUGUGGGCUCCUGAGAGGAACGUUGCUGAGAAGCCAGCUAAAUCAUGAUACCUUCAACAUCACUAUUCAGACCUAUAUACGCUGGGCUAAGUCGGCAUUGCCACCGCAUGGGAGGGCGCCACCCCCUCGGUGCUGUUCACACAUGCAGGUUUCCUCACUCAGAUGAAG